UUUCUGGCCAAUUUUAUCAACCAGUAGUUCUUCCCUUUGUUUAUAUUUUACUUCCUUCAAAAACAACAGAAUCAUACCUUAGAGCAUUAGAACUUUUAAUAGCAAAAAUCGAUGAAAUGAGUCCUGGUUAUAGGCCCCAUACUGUUAUUUUUGAUUUUGAAAAGGCUGAAGAACAAGCAUUGCAAACAGCUUUACCUUUUGCAACAAUUCAUGGAUCAAUCAUUAUGGCGCAAAAUUCAAGAACUUGGUUGGGGAAAAGCAGAAAUAGAAGGACUGCAUAAUUAUUUGAAAAUGUUUGUUGCACUUACUUUUGUUGAUACAGCAAAUGUCCCCGCUUUUUUCAAUCAAUUGGCCCAGAGGUUUCUUGAAAUUUUUGGCAAUGGAGAUUCGGAAGGUCCACAUGUUGCUUUUAUAAAUUAUAUGGAGAGAAAUUGGAUUGGAAAGGAUUUUAUGCCCCCACGGUUUCCUUUGUCAAUGUGGAACAGCAAAGAUAUAACUUAUGACCAAAUGCCUCGAGCUACAAAUUCUGUUGAAUCUUGGCAUUUUACUUUUGCAGGAAUAUUUUAUCGCCAUUCUUCAAAUCCAUAUAAUCUUGUAAAGGCUAUUUUAAAUGAACAGCUCCGUGUCGAUGCCAUUGCUGUAAAAAUUGUAUCUGGUGAAGAAAUUCGAACAUUUAGUAGACCUGAAUAUAAACGCACAAAUGAUCUGCUUUUGGAUAUACUGAAAGGAAUGGUAGAAAAUAGUCAAGAAAAUGAGUUGGUGGAAUUGCUAGAUGAUGCUUUAAAGGACUUUAAAACUUUACAAAAGACAACAGAUGAUGAUUUGGAUGAAUUUAUGCAAAAAAUUGAUGAUGAAGCAACAGAAAAAGCUGCACAAAAAUUUGAAGAAAUGUUAAAUCAAAUGGCUGACAAAAUGCAAACAGAAAAUCAAGUGAAUUCACCAUCUUCUAAUGUUCGGAAUUCAAAGAACAGUAAUUGGGAAAAUACAAAAUCUGUUUUUAAUGAUUUAUUAUUAAAUAAUGGAACGGAAAAUGAUGAUCGAAAAUUAGUUGAAGCAUUUGCAAAUUUGUCUUUUAAUCAGGGAAGUACAAAUGAUUUAAUGGAGUCAUUAAUUCAAACAGCUGUUUCUAAAGAUGUUAUGUAUGCUCCUUUAAAGGAAAUGCACUCAAAGUUUGGAAUAUAUUUGGAAACAAAAAAGGAUUCUCUUGAUUCAGAAUUGUUACGAAAUUACAAUGAACAAUUUAGGAUUUUAACUCUUCUUUUACAACUUUAUGCUGAAGAGGAAUCAUUGCCUUCUACCUCAACAUUAAAUGAAGAAACAAAAUCUGCAAAGGAAGCGCGUGCUACAUUAAUAGCUAAUUUAUGGAUUGAAAUGCAAAAUUAUGGCCUUCCACCACCAGAAAUUACUUCAGAAAAUAAUUCUGCCUCUUCAACUUUAAAUGAAUGCUCAAUUAUUUAA